AUGACGAUCAUCUUUCUACGAUUCUUGAAGAACCCUGCUCCUGUCGAAGAUAUUGCCCUCAUCACUGAGACUCUUCAAAAGAUCAACCCAAACUUAGCCGAGACGGAUCGUACCGAGGACACCAUCACCUUUACUUCUCCAGACAACAACGUCAACCUCUUUGACGGGAUCUUUGAACAAUGGUUGCAUUCAGAACCCCCAGUCAUCACCACGUUUCGAAUGCUGGCCGAUUCUUGA